AUGAGAAUUUCUCUCGUACGAACCGGAUCGCUGCCGAUCCAGAAUCCGGUUCUCCAUGGUUCACCUCGAUUUUCUCUCAAGCGCCAAGCCUCUUCCGGCGGCGACAAGAACCACGGGAAAUUUUUCACGAUUUCAAUGCACUAUUCCCACUCCAACGCCGGCGGGGACGCGCCGCAGAAUUGGUUCAACAGAGCCUCGUCGGAACGUGCUUCCGAGAAUUCCGGCGUUCUCCGAAAUCUGAAUCGCACCGGAUCGCGCUCGCUCCCGCCGAUUAUACCUGACGAAGAACAAUUCCUAUCCGACGACAAUAUACGCAAGCCCAGUUACGUCGGGAUCCUACCGGAGGAUCUGGAAUCUGGGGGCAACGACGGUGGAGAUCACGGCGGCGAAAAUCUCACCGGCGGAAACGGCGGCGAGAUGAUGAAAAUAGACGCGUACUACGAGGAGAUGUUGAAGUCGAACCCGACGAACGCGCUUCUGCUGAGAAACUACGGCAAAUUUCUGCACGAGGUGGAGAAAGACACGGCGAGAGCAGAGGAAUAUUACGGAAGAGCGAUUCUGGCGAACCCUGGCGAUGGCGAAUUGCUUUCGCUGUACGGAACGCUAAUAUGGGAAACUCAGAGAGACGAAGCGAGAGCUAAAUCCUACUUUGACCAAGCAAUUCACGCCGCUCCUAAUGAUUGCACGGUGCUGGGAUCGUACGCUCUCUUCAUGUGGGAAGCGGAGGAGGAAGAGGAAGAUAACGGAGUGACGGAUAAAACGGGGACGAAGAUGAUUGCCGCUGUCUAA